CGCAUCGACGGUUUAUAACCGGAUCACGGGCUCGGGAUCCUAGGCCCAUUCGAUUAAAAGAAAAUGUUUAUUGGGUUUAAUAUCGUGAUCCGUCUCUUGCGGGUGAACCCGUAUGAUACGGGGUCAAUCCACGCGUCGAAAGCAGAGUGGACACGCGAGUCCGCGUGUAGACGGAGAAAAAAAGGGUUGCGCGAUAGAUCAUUCAUUUUCAGUUCUCUCUUCUAAAGCUAGGGUUUUUGUUCUCUCUCUGGCGAUUUUUCCUGCGACGCGGUAGCCGGAUCAUUUUCUGUUCUUUCUUCGAUCUAAUCAACGUCGUACUCUCUCGUAGACGAUCUGAGGUGAGUAUCCACUAGUUUCACCGAUUGAUUCAAUCGUUUGGGGUCGAAAGCGUUUUAGGUUAAAAUUCGAUUUGGGGGUUUUGAUUUAUGAUUUUGGGGGUUUUGUCGUAGGGUUCGAAAUCAAAAAGGGGGUAUAGAUUUGUGGUUUAAAAUCGUCAUGCGGGUUCGUUUAUUGUAAAAUCGAUUUAGUUUAUAGUCAGGGUUCUAAAAGGAAUCGUAUUUUGUGAUGCAGAUGGAUCCCGCAACAGAGAUAAGAGAUUCAAAGAGGACUAAGGAGUACAUCAACAUGCUCUCUUCUGUGGCUGAUUCAGAGUACGGGAUUCCGACGAGGUGUCCCUGCGGUGGCAGUAUCAUUCACGAGGUUCGUGGGAAGGACGACUACGACACUCUUCCUGGGAAGCGGUUCUUCACCUGCAAAAACUACGAGGCUGAUGGGUUUCAUUAUCGUCAGCCUUGGGUCAUUGGUGUGGAGGAGCAGAUCGAACGCCUCACUAAGCGUCUGGAGGAGGUGGAGGAGGUGAUAAGCUGGGUGCCGGAGGUCAAUAACCACAUUCAGAGACUGGAGGUAACUAGAUUCUAAUUUGAUUUCAAUUCUGUGCAUUGACUAGAUUCUUAAUUUUUGAUGCAUUGACUAACACUGUAUGAUUGUUCUUUCUUGUACAGGCAGAGGUGAAAGACCUCACUCGGGAGGUUGAUAACCUCACUGGGCAGGUUUACAACCUCUCUGUGCAGGUUGAGGUCUUGGAGAAGCUCUGCUUCGACUGAAAACAAAAGGUAACCCUUACUCUACACUGGUUAACUACAGUGGUAGCUAGCUAGAGUUUAACCACACUUAGUUGAGUUUUAAAAAUUAUAGGUAGUUGCGAAUUCAAUGGUAGUGAGUGGUUGUCUUUCAAAUCGGUGUAGUUGAGUUUUUAAAAUUUAUUUGAUGUUCAUUCAAUGAAAUCUGUGUAGUUAUACCUAUGUUGUACUUGUUGUAGAGUCAUUAAAACACACACACACCAAACACUAAAACUAGUAUAUAGUAAUUAUAACCAAAAACACACACCAUACUUAAACUAGUUUAAUCAAUGCUUGGUAGUUAGACAAACACACACACGUAAUCAAUUUGUUGUACUUUCUAACACUAAAACUAGUAUUAAAACAUAGGCAUGAUCCACAUCUCAAAACACACCAAAAUUUUAAAACUUCUAUCUAAAACUAAAUGGAACCAAUUUCCCUUAACUCUCACGGGUUCGUUAACCUCCUUGCCUCCCAGAGCAGUCAACCAAUAGAUAUUGGUUGUUCUGAGGUUCCAAAAUCUGCGGAAAGGCGGAAAUGGACAACCAAAGAAGAUGUGGUGCUGAUCAGUGCUUGGUUGAACACCAGCAAGGAUCCAAUCGUGAGUAAUGAGCAGAAGGCUGGCUCAUUUUGGAAGCGCAUAGAGGAGUUUUUGAAUGCAAGCCCUCUGCUCGUUGGCUCCGUUCCUAGGGAGUGGAGUCAGUGUAAGCAGAGGUGGGGUAGGGUUAACGAACAGGUUUGCAAGUUCGUGGGAUGUCACGAAGCUGCUUUGAAGAAGCAAGCCAGUGGAGAAACUGAGAAUGAUGUCAUGAAGGCGGCUCAUGACAUCUUCUUUAAUGAUUACAAUUCCAAGUUCGUUCUUGAACAUUGUUGGAGGGAGCUUCGGUUUGAUCAAAAAUGGAGAUCCCACACUUCGACACGAGAUGGUGCAAAGGAGAAGAGGAAGGAACCUGCAGAGGAGGUGGGUCGCGAGGAAGAUGUUAGGCCUCCCGGUGUGAAGGCUUCCAAAGCAGCAAAACGCAAGAAACACUUGAAUGAACCAGCGUUUGAUCAGAUAGAGAGCAUUUUAGAGGCAAAGAAUAACUUAUCCAAAAAAAAACUCCUAGAUAGGUUGCUAGUAAAAAAUGAAGAAACUCUAUCUGAUCAAGAAAGAGCUCUAAAAAACAAACUCAUUUUUGAAAUGCUUUAACGUGGUCACGGGUUCAAGGAGGAGGAUGCGUGUGGACGUGGUUGUAGGUCUCGGUAUCUUUAUGUAUCAUAUCAAGUCACGGGUAAGGUUGAUGGUUGUUGUAGUAUUAUGUCAGAUUGAAUCACGGGAGAGUGUAGUAUUUUGUAUGUUUCUACACUCGUUUUAGGACCUUCGGUUAAUAUGGGUGUAUGUACCCAGAGGAUGUGUUUUCAAGUCACGGGUGUAUGUCCCCACGACUUGCCUUUUCAACUGACGGGUGUAUGUACCCGAGCAACUUGACUCAUGUAUCUCUAUAUAUAUAAACUAUGUCUUUCUAUUAUUUUUGUGCAUCAAAGUGUUUCACAAUAGUUGUAAACUUGAAAGCCAAAACUUCUAAACUUGUAAACUUCGUUGAUAAACUUCUACUUGUCAAAAACUUCACCAAAACUUCACCACUUCACCAAAACUUCACCAAAACUUCACCAAAACUUCACCACUACUUGUCAAAAACUUCACCAAAACUUCACCACUUCACCAAAACUUCACCACUUCACCAAAACUUCACCAAAACUUCACCAAAACUUCACCACUCCCUAUAGUUUUAUGAGGCAAUGAAACAAUGAAAAAAUGAAUUCCAUUUAUAUAACUUUAUACAAACUCCCUAUAGUUUAAAAAGAUAAACAUACCAUAUAGAAAAGAAAAAAGAUGGAUUAUAUGAAAAAAUAUUAUACUCCCUAUAGUUUAUGAAAAAAAAAUGAACUAUAACUUUAAAAAUGACCACCAUUUAAAAAAAUUUAACUAUAAGUUCUUCUUUUGUAGCAAGAAAAAGAUCAAUAAAUAUCAUCAACAAUGUCUUCCUCAUCAGGCGAUGAAGCAGAUAAAGCUUUUGAUGAAAUGGUCGACGAAGUUGUUGAUAAUUUCAUAGACACAGUAGUUGAUGGUCAAACCAACUACCGGAAGAAACGAGCUUAUAUCGAAAGAGAUCGAGAGCGAGGACACAAUCAACUAUGGAAAGACUAUUUCAUGGAAAAUCCUACAUACCCACCUGAAAUGUUUAGGAGGCGUUUUCGAAUGAACAAACCACUGUUCCUUCGCAUUGUUGAGCGUCUAAGUAGUGAAGUUCCAUACUUUCAGCAAACAAGAGAUGCUGCGGGAAGGUACGGGCUUUCUCCCCUUCAAAAGUGUACGGCAGCUAUACGUAUGCUCGCAUAUGGUCAAUCGGGAGAUACAUAUGACGAAUAUCUCCGACUUGGUGACAGUACAUCACGUUUAUGUUUGGCAAAUUUCACUGAUGCAAUAAUACAGUUGUUUGGAGAUGAGUAUCUACGCAAGCCUACACCCGAGGAUCUUCAACGAUUACUCGAUGUUGGAGAGGUACGGGGGUUUCCGGGGAUGAUAGGCAGCAUCGACUGUAUGCACUGGGAGUGGAAAAACUGCCCAACGGCUUGGAAAGGUCAGUUCACACGUGGUUCAGGAAAGCCGACAAUUGUCUUAGAAGCUGUUGCAUCACAAGAUCUUUGGAUAUGGCACGCAUUUUUCGGCUUACCAGGUACCCUCAACGAUAUCAAUGUUCUAGAUCGGUCACAUGUUUUUGAUGACAUCUUACAUGGUCGAGCACCUAAAGUUAAGUUCAAGGUCAACAACCACACUUAUCGUAUGGCCUACUAUCUUACUGACGGAAUUUAUCCAAAUUGGGCAACAUUUAUCCAAUCCAUCCCACUUCCUCAAGGUCGUAAAGCCGAGAAAUUUGCUGAAAAACAAGAAUCCGCCAGAAAAGAUGUCGAACGGGCUUUUGGAGUAUUACAAUCGAGGUUUGCAAUUGUUAAAAACCCAGCUAAACAAUGGGACAAGGCAAAGAUAGGAAAGAUAAUGAAAACUUGUGUCAUAUUGCACAAUAUGAUAGUAGAGAACGAACGACACGGAUACGCUCAAAUUAAUACGUCUGAGUUUGAGUCAGGAGAGUCCAGCAGAAGUUCAAGGGUGAGAACCAGAGAUAGUAUUCAUGUCGGUGAUAUGUUAGGCAUCCGCAGAGAAGUUCGAGAUUUAGAGACGCAUGCUCGAUUGAAAGCUGAUUUAGUGGAAAAUAUUUGGCAAAAGUUUGGUGAUGAAGAUGAAUAAGCUUUGUAUGUUUUUGAAUUUCUCUAUUUAUGUAAUCUACUCUUAAUGUAUUGAAUAAAAUUUUUUCAUAAUUUUAUAAUAUAUUUUACUAUUUUAUUCAUGUAUUCUGAAUUAUUUCGAAAUUUACUUUUUUUUUUAAUUUAUAUUUUUAUUUUAUUCCUAUGAACUCUUUCUUCGGGUUCACUAAUGCAGAAAACAACAAAUACAGGUUCAUAACUAUUUAUGGCCCCACCAAAAAAUAUUAAAAAAAUUGGGUGAACCCCAAUGGGAGGUUCACCAAUGCUC